AAUAUUAUUCUGUUCGGUAAAGCCAAACAAGUCCCAAAGUAAACAAAAUGGAAACGGAUACCAGGAAAUGAUUGCUGAGUUCCUUCGUUUUGUUACAAUAGUUUUAUGACAAGGCGGGAACAGGAACAGGGGUGGCACAAUCACAAAUUACAACCAUACGACACAAAGCAGGAGACCCUGCAGACAGGGAUUUAAUUUUGUGAACCCGCCGAACAAUUCGUAACUGACAAACGUAAGCACCAAUCCGCUCUCAGCCAGCCACUGUUGUUGUAGUGUCUGCUUCUCUUUCCACCCAAUCAAUAAGAUAAAGGCGGAACAACCCAUGUUGUUCCAUUAAACAAGCGGGUUACUUGACCAACCACGUUGAGAGAGUUGUGUGACGGACGCUGAUGGUAUCCAGUAGGAACAGGCGAAGGGCCCCGAGCUACGGUGGUUGCCCUUCCCGCGGUCCCGGUUGUCGGCUGACUGGUUUUCUGUCUGACUUUUUGCCGGAUGGAGCGUGUUGUACAUAGAGGAGGGAUGGUCCGCGGUGGUGGGCACCGCGGAGGGAUGAUACCUAGACGUCGGGGGCGGCCUCGUAAGAAUCCCUUGCCGGUGCCCGUGGCAGCGGCCGCCAUCUCGCCGCCGGUAGAAGUAGAGGUGGAACUGGAAGAGGAGGUCGAGGAGCUGGUUGAGGGAGCUGGGACCGCAGUUGCUGUACCGACGGCGGCUGACAUGACUGGGGUUGAUGGCGCAAGUACCAAACGAAAACCUAACUUUACCACUGAAGAAGACAAAGCCCUUGUAGAAGCCUACAACCUUAGGCGCAGUGCCAUUUGUGGACGGGGUGGCAAUAAACCAGCGCGAGAAGCAGCUUGGGAAGAGAUGGUCGAAAUUGUGAAUGCUGUUGGGAAUCACAACAGGACAAUGAUUGAGUGCCGCAAGCAUCUUAAUGAUCUGAGGUGGCGAGCUAAAGAGAAGCUACUCCGCAUACAGGCAUCUCAGAAGAAGGGGGGUGGUGGUCCUCACUCGGCACUGCGGCUAACAUCAAUGGAAGAAAUUCUUGUGGGCAACUAUUCCCAUACAGGUGUGCAAGAUGCCACUGGAGGAGGCUUUCAGACCAGUAGCAAUACAUCACAUUACCGUGUUGGGUGGAAUCAGAAAACCUCUCCCUCCCAAAAUGAGGGAGAUGUACAAGAUGCAGAUACAUAUUCUAGCAAAAUGGAAGAGGAGGAGGAAGAGGAGGAGGAAGAGGAUGAAGAAGAGCUCGAGCUACGGUGGGAAUGGGAAGAAAGUGAUGGUUCUUGGAAUGUUUACACUACAGAACUAAACAGAGAGAUGACCCAAGCAUAUAGGUUAGCAGCAUUUUAA